AAGGAAGAAACGAUACUGCUCUGGUAUCAAUGCUGGAUGCUCGCCUCACCGCUACCCAUACGCGGUCUCCUGAGAUCUACAGGUAGCAGCUUCGUCAGCAUUGGUGCCGCGGCACAUCUACGGUAUUAUGAACGUAUCGGACGCGCCUUUCACAUCGCAAAUGUUCGACGUAAUGGCACACAGCUCAGGUCUGUUUCCUCGGAUGGGGCUGAGGUAGCGGUGCCCAGAUACGGUAGAGCUGAGGCCUACGUAUCCACGUCCCUAUCCCCCCUCUUCAACCUCUCCCUCGAGGAGCAUCUCCUGAGAACCAAACCCCACAACGCGCCCGUCUGCUUCAUCUACCGAAAUGACCCCUGCAUCGUCAUCGGAAGAAAUCAGAACCACUGGAAGGAGCUGAACAUCGAGGAGAUGAGAAAGAGAGGCUUGAUGCUCGUGCGGCGUAGGAGUGGAGGAGGGGCCGUAUUUCAUGAUCAUGGCAACACAAACUUUUCCUUUCAUGUCCCUCGUAUGACCUUUGCUCGGCGCACACAUGCAGAACUCAUAGCACGAGCCUUGAAUGGCCCUGACAUUGGCCUGCAGACUCUUCAUGGGACUUCAAAUCAAGAAGUGUCAUCUUCAGCUUCGGAGUAUCCCUUGGGCCAUGGACAUCCAGAAGGAGUUUACGUCAACGAGAGGAACGACCUCGUCGUCCGCGUCGCGGUGCGCAACGGAGACUCUUCCCACACCUCCGGCAACGCAGCGCUUUCGCAGUCGACUACGGCCUCUUCCCACGUCUCCUCAUCCUCUUCGUCACCAUCGACCCAACAGAGCCAAGUCUGGUCAGAACGCAAAAUUUCGGGUUCUGCAUUUAAGAUCCUCACACACAGAGCUUAUCAUCACGGCACGAUGCUCCUCUCCACCAAUCUGGCCGAUCUAGGCUCGUCGCUCCGAAACACCAAGCUCGCUUCUAGUAGCGUCAAGUCCAAAGGCGUGGAGAGUGUCCGAUCCCAAGUGGUCAACCUCACUGACGCCUACCCUUCUGUGGCCAGCGAGGGCUCAUUGACUCAUGACCACUUUGUGAGGGCGGUCGUCGCAGAGUUCUGGCGAACAUAUGAUGAUAAGGCAGGAAGAGAAAUUGAGGACGAGGGAGCCGAAUCUUCUGCAUCUGCACCUGGAAGGGGAAACCAGAUUAUGUGGGAGGCAAUUGAUGCCUCUCACCCCAUAUCGCAAGAGAGCAAGCGGCUUCAGCUCGAAGAGGAGCUCGGCCAAUGGGACUGGGCCUUUGGACAAUGUCCCGAAUUCUCCCUCGAGCUCUCGCUGCGCGCGGGCACAACCGACGAGCAAAUCGCGCGUAUACUACGAGAGCGAGGUGGGCUCACGGCUGCGAGAAUCUCACUCACUUGUAGACAUGGCCUAGUGGAGGAGAUUGAGGUGCUACAGCUUGAAGUCAGCGAGGGCGUCAGCGUCGGCGGAGAAGACGCGAGGGAUUUCUGGACGCACUUCUUCUCUGCUCUCAAGAGCAAGAGGUACGAUGCGCUUACGGAGCGGCCGCGCUUGGCAAGGGCAGCUUCACAGGGCCAGAACGCUGUAGAGGAAGAUGUGCAUGAGGCGCAAGAGGAAGGUCUGGAGGAGACUCGGAAGAUUGUGGCAGAUGUCAUAGAGGAAGACGACGAGCUGAGAGAUGCUGCCGCGCGCUGGCUGAGGCAAUCUCUCUGACAAGGAAUUAUGUCGAUGUACAUUGUCACAUUGGGUAUUACAGCAUCAGGGUAUACAGUCAUUCAUCUCUUUGACCACUC